AAAACACUGUCUGUGCACAUGUGCUCCUUCUUUUAAUUGCAAAUCAAAGCUCCGGGUGCCAGUUAAAGUGCAAAGGUGCUCAGAUACAGUGCUGUACAGAACCAGAGCUGAGGAUGAGGGCGCAGAUCCAAAAAGUUCCUCAGAUCGUUGAGCUGCUGAAGAAGAAGACUGUGGGGCUGCAGCACUUCAAGCCAACAUCCUCUGUGUGCGUCCUGGAGCAAAAGGAUGCUGUGGAGGCUGCGCGCUGCCCUCACGCCGCCUCUAGGGCGCACAGUUUGGACACGAUGCCGGGACCCACCAACUGGCCCCUGGUUGGCAGUCUGAUCCAGCUCCUGUGCAAAGGAGGACUCAGGAGACAGCACGAAGCGCUGAUUGACUAUCAUAAAAAAUUCGGCAAAAUUUUCCGCCUGAAGCUGGGUUCCUUUGAGUCGGUGCACAUUGGCGCUCCCUGCUUACUGGAGGCGCUCUACAGGAAGGAGGGCAGUUGCCCUCAGAGGCUGGAGAUCAAACCCUGGAAAGCUUACAGGGACAUGAGGAACGAGGCGUACGGACUCCUCAUCCUGGAGGGGAAAGACUGGCAGAGAGUCAGGAGCGCGUUUCAACAAAAACUUAUGAAGCCAACAGAAGUGGUGAAACUCGAUGGAAAAAUAAAUCAGGUCCUGGUGGACAUGGUGGACAGAAUUGGAAAAAUAAAUGUCGAUGGGAAGAUUGAAGACUUGUACUUUGAGCUGAACAAGUGGUCGUUUGAAACCAUUUGUCUCGUGUUGUAUGGCAAGAGAUUUGGUCUUCUGAAGGAGAAAGUCAACGAGGAAGCCAUGAACUUCAUCACCGCUGUGAAAACGAUGAUGAGCACGUUUGGUAUGAUGAUGGUCACACCAGUGGAGCUCCACAAGAGCUUCAACACCAAAACGUGGCAGAACCACACUGCAGCAUGGGAUCGCAUUUUCAGCACAGCCAAAGUCUACAUCGACAAGAAGCUGAAGAGGAAUGCCACCAGGGAUCCUGAUGAUUUAAUCGGAGAAAUCCUGCAGCAAAGCUCGCUCUCCAAAAAGGAGCUAUAUGCAGCAAUCACCGAGCUGCAGAUUGGAGGUGUUGAGACGACGGCCAACAGCAUGCUGUGGGUUAUUUUCAACCUGUCUCGCAACCCCGCUGCUCAGACGAAGCUGCUGCAGGAAAUACGAGAGGUGGUGCCUUCCGGCCAGGACCCCUGUGGAGAGCACCUGAAGAACAUGCCCUACCUCAAGGCCUGCCUCAAGGAGUCCAUGAGGUUGUCUCCGUCGGUUCCAUUCACCAGCAGAACUCUGGACAAAGACACUGUGUUGGGAGAUUAUACCAUUCCCAAAGGGACAGUUUUGAUGAUCAACACCCACGCCCUGGGGUCCAGUGAGGAGUAUUUUGACGAUGGAAAGCAGUUCAAACCUGAGCGCUGGCUGCGGGAGAACAGCACCAUCAAUCCCUUCGCCCAUGUUCCCUUUGGCAUCGGGAAGAGGAUGUGCAUUGGCCGACGGCUGGCCGAGCUGCAGCUGCAGCUUGCCAUGUGCUGGUUGGUGAGAGACUAUGAAAUUGUGGAAACUGACAGCAAACCACUUGAUGUGAUUCAUUCUGGGCUUUUGGUUCCCAAAAGAGAGCUGCCAGUAGCUUUCAUCAGAAGAUGAGGCUUUAUGAUGAACACUUGUGGACGUAGAGACAGAAAUAACACAUCUGUUGCCAAGGUCCAGACUGUCCAGUGACUCCCUGAACUGCUGCUCUGUACAUAAAGACUGAAAUAAUAAUAAUUGUGCCGUAAAUACCUCAAACUUAUUUAAAACUAUGUAUACCUGUUAAUGACUGAACAAAAGCCCAGUUAGGUACAAAGUGAAUGUUGUACCAAGGCAGCUGUUUUAAAAUCUUUGUCAUGUAUAUUUGAAUGUUGAUUACUUUUAUAUUUUUGUUUAUUACCUUGUGUAAAUAAUGUUUAGCAUAAUGUAUCUGAAUUUUUUUCAUUGUAUAAAGUUUUAAUAUAACUGUAUUGUUUAAAUGUACAUUGUAUUGUGACGAUAAAUAUUUUAUCCACUUAAAUAAAUUAAUAAAUUCAUUAAACUGUA